CCAGGUGUACUAAUUCGUAUCCUCAAUUUAUCAAUCCGUACCCAUGAUUUAGUCAUUCGUACCUUCGAAUUAAUAUUAAUACUGGGCAAGGCAGGAAGCUAGUCGAUAACUGUUGUUUCUCUUGGCUCUGCACCAGCCGCAUCUUUUGACGUUUUAGCGGUCAUGAGUUAGGAUAGAAACAUUGGCCGCAGCCUUAAACGAGUCACACUGGCUUUCCCUAAGAAGCUUCCGUCCCCAACCGCCCAGCAACUAAAGGUUAACACCCAGACAAUUAAAAAGUCGACAGCUCGCAGAACCACAGUGGGUCUACUACUCAUCUAUCAAAGGGUUGAUUUUGCAAGAAUGGAUAUUUUAGCUCUUCUGCAGACCAAUUUCAUCACUCUAUUGAUGGGUCUUAUAGUUUUAGUCUUACUGUUUAAGAAUCGAGGAAAAGAAACCAACAGUGGAAGACUGCCACCGGGUCCGGCUCCGAUUCCUCUACUGGGUAAUUUGUUGCAGCUGGAUUUAAAACAACCCUACAAGUCCUACUUAGAGCUCAGCAAGAAGUAUGGCUCGGUCUUCACUGUGUGGCUGGGCCCAAAACCUGUGGUGGUGCUGUCCGGAUAUCAGACACUCAAAGAUGCUCUCGUGAACCAGGGCGAGGAGUUCGGCGGCCGGGCCAACUACCCUGUGCUCAUGGAGGUCACCAAAGGCUAUGGGGUGCUGGCAAGCAAUGGGGACCGCUGGAAGGACCUUCGGAGGUUCGCCCUCAUGACACUGAAAAAUUUUGGGAUGGGGCGCAGGACCAUUGAAGAGAGGGUUCAAGAGGAGGCCAAGUGUCUGGUCAAAGCAUUCACUGAACAAAAAGAUUCUGCAUUCAACCCUAGUCAUCUGUUGAGUAACGCCGUGUCCAACGUAAUUUGCUCCAUUGUCUUUGGCGAGAGGUUUGAAUAUGAUGAUAAAGAAUUCAAGUUCCUCCUGACUGGCAUCAACAGUUACUUCAUGCUUCUCAGCGGCUCAACAGGACAGAUGUACAACAUGUUUCCAAAAGUCUUAAAGUAUCUGCCUGGCUGUCACCACAAGACCUUUGAGCAUCUAAGACAGAUGAAAGCGUACUUCAGACAGGAAGCUGAAAAGCGGCAGGUGAACCUUGACCCCAAUUCUCCCAAGGAUUUCAUCGAAGCUUUCCUGAUUCGAAUGAUGGAGCACACCAAUAAGCCGGACACCGAGUUCCACUACGAUAACCUGGUGGGUUCCAUUUGGAGCCUCUUCUCCGCGGGAACGGAGACCACCUCCUCGACGCUGAGACAAGCCCUGCUGCUCAUGAUGAAGUACCCUCAUAUCCAAGAGAGGGUUCAGAAGGAGAUUGACGAGGUGGUGGGCUCCGAGAGAUGCCCCUGUCUCCAGGACAGACAGCAUAUGCCCUACACUGAUGCUGUAAUCCAUGAGAUCCAGCGCUAUAUGGACAUCGCACCCACCUCUGUUCCUCACAAAAUGAUGAGAAACACCGAGUUCAAGAGCUACUACAUUCCUGAGGGAACAAUGGUCAUUCCUCUGCUGUCGUCGGCUCUCUUGGACCCAAAAUUUUGGAAAAACCCUAAGGCAUUCGACCCAGAAAACUUUCUGGACGAGAAUGGGUGCUUCAGGAAGAAUGAUGCCUUUCUGGCAUUUGGAUUAGGAAAGCGCGUUUGCGUGGGGGAGGCGAUGGCCAGGACGGAGCUCUUCCUGUUCUUCACCACCAUCCUCCAGCGGCUCACUGUCAGGGGCACCCAGCCCCCGGAAGAGAUCAACAUCACCCCCAUCUGCAGCACCUUCGGACGGCUGCCACGCACGUACGACUGCUCUGUCGAAGUCCGGGAAUAAGCGUGAUGUCCGCUCCGCGUUUGCUCACCCAAAAAGCCUGCAAUCCACAAUGCUUUAUACACUAACACGUGCACCUUAAGCUACCCAACUAACUGUAAUCACUUUAGCAACAACAAAUCAUCGUGAAAAGUUCACCAGUACAACACAGAUUAAACAUGCAUGACAAUAUACAGAGCCUGAAGGUACACCAGUACUGUUAUACUGACACCACUUAGAUCAUCAUGGUUUGAUAGUACUAUAUUGUGUGUAUUGCCUUUACGCCUACCAUUUAUUAUAUAGAUGCUUGUUGGUUAUAUUAUGUUUGAUAAUAUGUUUGUUAAAAAUACAUUUUUAUCUUUUACAUUUUAAGCCCUCUGCUUCUGAUUUUAUAUAUGUUUAAUAAGAUUUUAUAUAUGUAUGAUGGUCAAUUUCCUUGCAUUGGCUGUAUUGAUAUGGAAGGCUUCAUCAGUGUUUGUUUUAUCAGUAAUGUUUUGACAUUAUUUUAAUUAUCUAGAUCUCAUAGUACCUCCUUGGGUCAUCUUUCUUGGGCUUUGGAUGAUAUUUUUUGUGACUUAUAGACCAUCUCCUAAGUUUUAGUGUGAUUGAGAUACAGUAAGGAAAUAAGGAAGUAAGUAUAUAUCACAGUGAGUGAUUUUCAUCUUUGAAAAUCAUCUUAAGUGUUAUAUUUAAAUCAAUAUCCCUAAUAUACAUCUAAUUACUGAGUAAUGUGAAAUGUUUUCAUUUUCCGCCCACACUUAAUGUUUCUUACAGACCCUGUCACCAUUUGAUUUUGAGGUUUUUUUUUUUAGCCUUUCUUUAUGAACUAGGUGAUGGAAUGUGCCAGAGCACAUUGGGUUGUGUUGCUUCUGAUAAGGCAGAAAAGAUCUGAACAAACUUUGCUCAACAUUGUCCUCAUGUUUAUGUAUACUGUAAUGGCAUUCUGAGGUAAACUUGCUACAAUAUUGUGGGAACCCAGAAAGUAUGGAGACAAUGAAUGCUAGCCUCAAGGAAAUUCACAGUUAUGCAAAAAAAUGAAAAGAUAAGGUGGUUAAGUAGACUUGAAAAGUGUUGGCUGGGUCCCUUAAUUUCCUGUAUAUAAUAUGCUUUGAAACUACAACCCAAUAAGAUUUGUCUGACUUGUAGAUGGUCUUCCCUGUGCAAUAUCGAAGAAUAAACUAUGUCGUGAAACAAGAA